AUGCAGGAAGUAGUGCCCGGUGUAAUCGAUAGAAGGCAUACGGAUAUGGGUGUGAUGCACACCCCUGCUGGUCCUGGAACUAGAACUGGUGAAGAUGGACUAUACGAUGUGCGAAGUGUGGGCUCGUCCGUGGUCUCUGAUCCCGAGGCCAGAGCCAAGAAUCUGGCAUUUCAAGGGAUUCCCAAUUCUAUAAAGCGGAUGCACCAGGGCAGAGACGUCACGCCGGCGUCCAUGGAUCACAGCGAGCCAGCGCAUCAGCACGGGCAUAGGCCCACGCCAAUGGCCGGUUUCGACACGGACAAGACUGGUGCCAGCAGAGACAGGCAGUUUAACGGCUGGAGACAGGAGUUCAACAGCACAUUCAAGCGGAUAUCGGUGAUCUCGAAGUUGAAAGUGCGGAGCUUCAAUGGGUUCAGGACACCGCCGGCGUUCUCGAGGCGGCAGUCUGCUGUACAACAGGGCAAUAACGAUGACGCAGAUGACGAAAGCAACAAAAUCACCCAGAGUCUGGCUUCGGAUCUGUUGGAUAGUCUGCUGGCAGGUUGUCCGGCAGCCUUAUUUGCGUCCUCCCAGUUCCUCAGAGACGAGCACGGGAAGAGGCGGGCGUCAUUGCUUCUCGCUAUGUUGAAUGUCCGUGUGCUUCCUGUCAACGAUAGCAGUAUCAAUGCCUUUAAGAACGGUAUGACUACAAGCACCAUGGCUUCUUUGAGCUCUAGUUCUAACAGCUCUUUUGCAGAGAACUUCUACGAGAAGAACGACCUCACUGUGUUCAAGAUAGAGCUUGAAUACGGUGUGGGUGAGAACAGACUAAAAUGGACAAUUUAUAAGAGCUACAAGGAACUUCUUCAACUUCAUCACAAACUAAAACUGCUAGCGUUCCAACAAAACACAAUAAACAAGAUAUAUAUAGAUCAGAACCGUUACCAUAAGUUCAGAAUUCCAAACUUCCCACAUUUAAAGUAUAACGAGAAGAACCAAAUAAAGCAUGAUAUCAAGCAUUCCUAUAAGCACGGUAAAAAACGGGAGUUGGCUGAUAGAGAUCUGUCGCUGUCACCUGCUAGUUCUUUAUUUGAUGAUAACAGAUCCAUACUCGAUUCCCUUAGGUCCUCAAUGAGCUUUGACGUCAACAAGGUGAAAAUGAAACACUUGAAAGAGUUAAUGGAAGAAGGCGAUGAUGAGUCUCAGGAGCAUCAUAAAAGAAUUGAAAGAUACUUAUACUUGCUGAAUAUAGCACUAUGUUUGAGACCGCAGUCAAAUAGAUUAUUUCAAUUUUAUGAAUGCUCGCCUAUUGGUAAUUUGCUGGGCUAUGAGAACGGUUAUGCUGGAAAGCAAGGUUUUUUAGUUAUCAGGUCGACAGCAAAGUCUCAAGGUUGGAGAGUUUCCCAUUUCAAUCCACACGACUUUAAGGAAAUGAUAGAAAGACACACUGCAAAAUGGUUUUUAGUAAGACAUUCAUAUAUCACAUAUGUUUCUGAUUUGGGUUCUACUACUCCUUUAGAUGUCUUUCUGGUAGACUCUAAAUUUAAAUUGAUGAUAGCAGGAAACAAAAAUAAUAUAAUUGAUGAUGUUGAAGAUGAAAUUAAGUAUAGGCCUGGGUCCCGUAAAGAGAAGAGAACGUUAAAGGAUGAUAUUAGCUCAAAGUUAAUGCUUAUUACGCUUGAAAAUAGUGAAAGAAAACUGAAGAUGAUAUGUAAAUCAGAGUCAGGCUUUAAACAGUGGGUUCAUUCUAUCUCUCACAUGGCAAAAUCUACAGUUUGGUCGCAACCACAUAGAUUUGACAGUUUUGCACCCGUUAGAAAGAAUGCCUACUGUAAGUUUUUGAUAGACGGAAGAGAUUAUUUUUGGGCCUUGAGUGACGCUUUGAGAAUGGCUGAAGAUGUGAUCUAUAUACAUGAUUGGUGGCUGUCACCUGAACUUUACUUACGGAGACCGAUAAAGGGAAAUCAAGAGUAUCGUAUUGAUAGAUUAUUGAAGGAGAGAGCUGAAUAUGGGGUGAAGAUUUUUAUUGUAGUUUAUAGAAAUGUCGGGACAACAGUCGGUACAGACAGUUCAUGGACCAAGCAUUCCAUGUUAAACCUGCACCCAAAUAUUCACUUGAUCAGAUCACCAAAUCAAUGGCUUCAGAAUACAUAUUUCUGGGCUCAUCAUGAAAAAUUUGUUGUAAUUGAUAAUGCGGUAGCGUUUAUGGGAGGAAUUGAUUUGUGCUUCGGUAGGUAUGAUACACCAGAACAUGUUUUGAGAGAUGAUGAUCCCGAACUUAUCAAUCAAAUAUUUCCAGGUAAAGACUAUUCUAAUGCUCGUGUGCGUGAUUUCUAUGAUUUAGAGAAGCCAUUCGAAAACAUGUAUGACCGGAAAGAUGUCCCUAGAAUGCCUUGGCAUGAUGUUCAUAUGCUGACUUGUGGUGAGCCUGCUAGAGAUUUAGCAAGGCAUUUUGUUCAAAGAUGGAAUUAUUUAUUAAGAGAGAAACGGCCAAGUAGAGCAACGCCCUUGUUAACUCCUGCUGGUGAUUUUUCCAAAGGAGAACUUGAAGGGCUGCCAUUGUUCCAGUACCUUAAGGAUAGGUCCACUUGUGAAGUUCAAGUUUUGAGAAGUGCCGGAAGCUGGUCUUUAGGACUGAAACAAACUGAGCACUCCAUUCAAAAUGCUUAUUUAAAAUUGAUUGAGACAAGUGAACACUUCAUCUACAUUGAGAACCAGUUCUUUAUAACAUCAUCUUCUUGGGAUGGUGUUGUGAUUGAAAAUAAGAUCGGUGAUGCUAUAGUUGAUAGAAUUAUAAGGGCUAACACAGAAGGUAAGCCUUGGAAAGCAAUGAUUGUGAUUCCAUUAAUGCCAGGUUUUGACUCUCCAAUAGAUGAACCAGAGGCCUCUAGUUUGAGAUUAAUAAUGCAAUGCCAGUAUCAAUCCAUUUCGAGAGGCCAAACCUCAAUUUUUUCAAGAUUGAGGAAACUGAACAUUGAACCGUUUGAUUACAUUCAAUUCUUCUCAUUACGUAAAUGGUCUACUAAUGGAGAGAAUGACAAACUAGUCACCGAACAAUUAUAUGUCCAUGCUAAGCUUUUAAUAACCGAUGAUAGAAAUGUUAUAAUUGGUAGUGCAAAUAUCAAUGAAAGGUCUCAACUAGGUAGCAGAGAUAGUGAGGUUGCAAUGGUAGUUAGAGAUACAGAUUUGGUGAAAACAAAAAUGAAUGAUAAGGAAUACUAUGCUGGCAGAUUUGCAUGGGAGUUGAGACAGAGGUUGAUGCGUGAACACCUUGGCUGUGAUGUUGAUCUAGUUGAAAUUGUUGAGAGAAAGUUUAACAGAUUGGAACAUUUAGCGCAAAAAAACUUCGAUACCUUACAUACCUUAAAUGAGGGGAAAAAAUAUAAAAGGAGUGAAAAGUUAAGCUCUGCCAUGAUUGAAUUAGCAUAUAGAGAAAUAUUUGAGGCUGAUUGUAGCCCUCUGUGGUUUGACAAGUACAAAACUAGUGAAGAGAAGAUUGUUACUAACUAUGGUUUGAUGAGCCAAAUUAAUGAAGAGGAGGAUGCUGCUUUUGAUUCUGAACUUUAUCAAUCGUUUGAAUUCAGUGAUAUUGGUAAAGAAAGUUUAGGACUAAAUUCAGCCACCACAAAAUUCUCGAAGCUAAACAAGUAUCAUUCAUUUAAUCACAGAGCGGGUGAGGACAAUAAAGGUAUCAGAGAUCGUAAGGCUAUUAGCACAGAUCCAAGAAUUGUAAAUAAUUCUGAACAUAAGGCUGAUGUUGAAGGGUAUGGAGCUGAUAAAUGGCGUACAAAAGAUUUUAUUGAUCACAAGCUCUCUGUGACUGAGCAAUUACAUGAGUGGUCGAAGAGGGCUAUUGAGACUAAGAUUAUUGAUAAUAAGAAAAAAGUUAAGAGGAUGCAACAAUUACCAGAUAGACAAACUGUGGAAAUUUAUCUAUCCGAUCCUAAGAUUGAUUGUGCUUCAAAAUUUGAUAUGUUGAAGCGUAUCUAUUAUCUGCAGCACGUUUCUUAUAAAGAAAGCAAAAGUGAGAAGGAAAGAGAAAAUUUUAUAAAGAAAAACUCUAGGCCAUCAUCUAAAGAUAGUAAAGCCACAAACAACAGCACAAGCUUUGAAGAUGAAGAACUAGACGACGAGUCCUUAGAUAUUUUGUUGUAUCAAAUAUUACCAGACUUUGGUAAUUCUGAGAAGUGUGAAUCUUUCAAAAACGUUCUGGAUUACAAAUUCAUAGACCCUUAUUCAUUCGAAGACCCACUAUCAUCUCAAUUUUAUGAUGAACUAUGGCUGGCAGUUGCCUUGAGGAACACUCUACUUUUCAGAUUAGUUUUUCAUUGUCAGCCAGAUAAUGCUGUGCAAACAUGGCGAGAUUACAAAGAAUUUGCGAAGCUGUAUAUUGAUUUUGAUAACAAGCAAGGCAAAUAUGUAUCUGAUCAGGCUGGACUUGAAGGUGCAGAAGAAGAGAUGGUUGAUAGAGAAGAAACUAUUCCUCCAGAAUUAGCAUUACAGCGAACCAUGAGUGUGACCGUCAAGAAGGGUGAAAAGCUCGGAGAUAUAGACUUUCCUGAGUCCAUCAACGAUUUAGCAGAGAAUGCAGAAGAGAAAUUCGGUAGAAAAUUAAUGGAGAAGCAAACUUUGAACAGUAAGGGCAAUAGAAUGACAUUAAAGAUGAAGAUGUAUGCUAGCUCAGUUAAUGGCUCGAACCAAAGGAUAUUCGAUAAGGUGACAGCUAGAAGAAUCCUCGAGAGAAUACGUGGUCAUUUAGUUUUAUUUCCAACUGAGUGGCUAUGUAGGGAAGUUGAGUCCAAGAAUUGGUUCUAUCAUGCGGACAGGUUACCUCCUAUUGAUAUCUAUGACUGA